AUGUACUUGUCAGGCUUUCCUGGCCCUCCUCUACUUCUGUGUGCCUAUAAUCGCUCGUCGAUAUUAUAUGAGAAUUCGCUUGAUGUUCACACACGGUCGCUUGCCUGCCCACAUCUUGUGUCGUUCUUCUAUCCAGUCCCUAUAUUCGAGCAGGAUAUACCGUACUGUCUGCGGUCCGCGCCCGCAUUGGCAUUGCUCGGUAUCGGCCUUGUUGAUGGUGUGGAGGUAUGCGCGGAGGGCGAUCUUGCCGGUGCGCAUUUGUGUGAUUACGGAGCUGAUCGCUCUGUGUUUUCCGGUAUGGAUCUUAAGGGUUGCUCUUCCCGGUUGUACCCCCAGUCUAAAGAGAUCUCUCCCGUGCUUGGCCUUCGCCCAGGAUUGUGCCUAUUCGACUUCCAUUAUCCUGCGGAUGGCCGUUUUGGUGGUUGCCAUUAG